AUGGACGGAUACGGAACCAACGUCAAUGAACCGGCAGCGGACGCCCUUCUGACUCAUGCCAAAAUUUACGCCUUAGCAGAGAAGUACUUGAUCAGUGGACUGAAGGCUGUCGCGCUUCGACAAUUCAAGGCGGCGGCUACUGUCUCCUUGGACAUCGAUGAUUUCCUUGGAGCAGCGCUAGUGGUGUACGAAUCUACUAUUGAAGACGACAGAGGCUUAAGAGAUGUCGUCGUAGAAACCCUUUAUGAGCAUUCCGAAUGGCUAGACGAGGAGAAGGUGCGAGAUGUGGUUAAGGAGUUGGGAGCUUUAACGUAUGAUAUGGUUAUAUAUAUGCGCCAAAAGCAUAGGUUCUACUAA